AUGAAAUCAAAGAAAUACAAAUUACAGAGGAAGUCGGCAGCCAGUACUACCUCGACAGCAAGUACGACCUCGCCAACCAGUACUACUCGUACGACAAAGAAAGCUGCAAAGCAAGUCCUUCCUUAUGGCUACUUUAACCAAAGUGGAGAAAAGUACAACUCUUUAAAGACGAUUGAAAAGUCAUACCAAGCUGCAAAGAAUAGUAAUAAAAAACAAACCAAAGUUGUUAAUAACACGUAUGGAAUAAUAGUUAAUUGGUUAUGUCACCUUCUACAAAUAAGUUCUGAGAGUCAUCAUAGCAGACAUUCUUGGAGGUAUCAGAAUUCAACUCCCUUGAAUGCACCACGGACAGAGUUUUCAACAAUUGGUUCAUAA